AACAAACUUGUAACUGAAACCACUAUAUACGCGCACCAUCCUAUUCGGUGAUAGUAACAAGAACAACCAUCCUUGUAUUUGUGUUACCAGAUCCUAGAUUAACAUGACGUUAGCAUUGUAUACUGGUAUGCGGCCGUUCACGAUGAGAACAAGGUAAUCAAGCAAAUCCCAUGUACUUCUGGUCCUCAAAUCAAAGGGAGUUCUCUAAGGCUUUGUGAUGCGGUUGUUAUCGGAAUAAUCCUAGAGACCAUGGAGCCGUAUUAAUUUCAAAGGAUCACUCUAUAUCUCACUCUCAUGUGGUAGCUAUUUGUGUGACAUCCAAGCUAAGUUCUGGUUUCCUGUAACAAGUUAAUGAAAAGGAGUUUCGUAUGAUUCUUUUAUUCCCCCAGCUUUACACAACACUAGAAGCUUCCCGAACGUCCUCAACUCUACAGUGCCAUUUGUGAAUGCUGCUAUUUAGCCGUAUCUUCGGCUGCUUCAUCAAAUAUUCAACUUGGAGACCAAUUUCACGAAAUUUCUCAAAUAAAGAAACCCUCAACCAUAGUGGCGGAGCCAUCUUUUUAUCUACAGAUGGAGCUACCAUAGUCUGCUGGCAUCCCCCAAGAACCGUACCGUACGCGUCGACAAGACCGUUUCCACGAGACCUCGAGUCUCUGAGAGCACCUGCGUCCCCGUUAAAUAUCAAGUUAGAUAAAAUGAUGGUAGAAAAACAAGGUGGUCCUACCGUCUUGGAGCUAACCAAGGCUUUUGGUCUUCCGUGGCAGCAUUUUCGCCCCAGGCCGUUCACCAAAAAAUCUUCCCCGUACUCUUGGGCUCCACUGCGAGAACGCAAAGCUCUCUAA